AUGGAUAAUAGCUACACUGUGAACAACGCUAUGGUUAGAAAUUUACCUGACGCUGGGGUUGAGGUUUUCCCAUCACAAAAUCAACCUAACAGCUUCACCGUCUUCCCAAAACUUCCAUCCGAGCUACGUCUCAAGAUAUGGCGUUCAGCGUUCCCGCUGUCCCGAACCGUUGGGUUGGAAGUCCCCGACUACCUUAUUAUGGGAAUUUGCAGGCUUGAACGGAGCGCUACCAACCGUUCCCGGGCCCUUCAAUCCAUUGAACGACAAAGACUUGCGAAACUGCCGCCAAUGCCUAUGACAUUGCGGAUCAACCGCGAAUCUCGUGAAGAAACGUUGAGGCAUUAUUGCGUACUCUUCCCCGGGGACAUACAAGAAUGCUCGCACAGUCCCUUAGAAAAAUUCGUCGAAAAGCCAAUCUGCUUGAACGCUCGCCGAGACCGACUAUUCUUUAGCCAUGACCAUAUUAGAUAUUAUGUCGAGAAAUUUCCUGAAUGGCUAAAAUACAUAGCCUCGAAAAUCCCUUCUGGAAAGGGAUUAAAGGAAGUGUCUGAACUAGAAAUUGGCGGCGUUGACUUUCACGAGUACUUCCGCGAGCGGCAUGAGAUGCCAGGCUCACACCUAUUGCUCGCUUCAAUUAUCCAGAGCUUUGAAGGGCUAACGAAGCUAUAUAUCACGCCGCACGCGGCGGCACUUACUAAUCCCUUCAUAUUCAUUCUGAAGCAGAAAGCAGAGGACGCCAUUGCGGCUGUUGUACCUGCUAGUGACAGCGACGAUGAAGGUGAGGACCAAGAGGAACAAGAGGAACUCUGCCGUAGACUUGGGAAUCGGGAGGAAUGGCUACGGAGAAUCUUCAAUGUUCAGAAGGAGAGAUUUGGAGAUGGAAAGGCGCCGGAAAUUGUCCUGCGAGUGAGGAGGCACCGUCUUCGCCUGAGUACUCCUACUUCAACUGUAACCUUUCAGGGUGAUGAAAGGAUUGAAACCAUUAGAGAUGUGUAUUCGUGGGUAGGUCAGCCCGAGAUAGUGCGCCGAUUUCCUGGACCCGAGGUUGAUAAUGUGUUGAAUCCCGUAGAUUGGAAGGGGUUAUCGCCGUAUUUGGAAUGCCUGGUCCGGAAAGAGAAGUGGUGGCUUGAGGGUGAAUGGAAUUCUGGAGCUCCAUUUCACGUCUAG